AUGUCAGAUAUAUCUGAUUUUUCUGAAAGCGAAGAAUUUGACGGAAAAGAAAAAAGAAGAAAAUUUUUUACUAUCAGAUCAAAGAACUCAACUACUUCAAAAAAAAAUCUUACAGAAAAAACUGAGACAUUAAGUAAAAAUAAUAGCUUAAGUAAUGAUGAGCAAUACAAUGAAAAUGGAAAUUUAUCUAAUCAAAUGUCAAGUACAUUUAAGUCUUCCAAAACUGUAAAUAAAAAAAAAAGUUCACAAGAUGACAAUACAUUAAAUAAUCAAGAUUCAAAAAUAUUUAGGCAUCAUCUUUUUAACUCUUCAAAAGUAAAAGUUGAUGGAAAACACAAUGCAACACCAAAUGGAAGAGUAGCAGACUGUGUUAUAUCUCCACCAGAAUUUUUUUUAUCUCACAUUUAUCAUGAUAAUAAGGUUUUUACUAAAAAAUAUGGGCAUUCUAUAGUAGAAUAUGACAAUAAAUUUUAUAUUUAUGGUGGAAUUAAUUCAAUGAAUGAGUAUUUAAAUGAAUUCUUAACGUUUACAUAUGGUAGUAAUGUAUUUACUUCCAAAAAAUUAAGUGUAAACCCAGGAAAAAGGGCGUAUGCAUCGAUGACAUUAGCAUAUAAUGUUAAGAAUGGUCCAUGUUUAUUAUUAUUUGGAGGAUUAUGUGGACCUAAUAUACUAGCAAAAGAAUGUUUCAUAUAUGACUUUAUUGAAGAUAGAUGGUCUAUGCAUCCUUUUAAAUUAGAUUUAGUUCCAGAAACAAGAUAUGGUCAUGCUUAUACCUUUUGCCCAGACACUUAUACAACAAUUAUUUGGGGAGGAAUAAAUAAAAAUAAUGAAUUAUUAAAAAGUGGGCAUAAAUUUAUUAGGGGAGAGUGGUCUGAAAUUAAGUGCAACGGUAAUACACCUUCUGGUAGAGUUUUUUCUUCUAUAGUAUGGUUAGAUAGAACAACAAAAGAUAAUGUGAAUUAUAGUUUUCUUUAUUUAUUUGGUGGAGAUUUGACAAACAGAGGAACUCCAACAGAUGAAUUGUGGAUUUAUAAUUUCAAAAAAGAAAAUUGGAUAUUAGUAAAUAAUUCUGCUGGAGAAGCUCCUUGUCCAAGAUGGAAGCACGGUGCAGUAAUUUUCGAUAAAAAGAUGUGGAUAUCUGGUGGUCUUUUUUCUGGAUGGUUUUCCAAUUAUACUGUUCCCGAUUUAUAUGUCUAUGACAUACCAUCUAAUUGUUGGUUUAAUUGCCAAAUAUCAUCGAAAGAGAUUCAAUGCUGCUAUGAUUAUGGUACUUUAAAUUUGCAUGCACAAACUAAGGCUUUUUUUCUAUUUGGUGGAAAGAAUUCUAACAAUGAGCCUACUUCUUAUGUGUGUAGGUUUGCACCAUUGUGCACAAUUGUUUCAAUUAUGUCCAUGAGAAAUGAAAUAAACAGAUUAUCAAAUUAUCUACUUGAUGUAAAAAGCGAAUCAGAAGAAACUGCUAAUAAUGUAUCAGAGAUACAAAAAAUUAUUCAGUCCUUCAGUUUAGACAUAAAAGAUUUUAAAAUUAUAUUUGAAGCUUUAACAAAUAGCAUACAAAUAAUUAGAGAUAACAUAGAUAAUAUUAACAAAGAAUUAACUCUCCUAAAAAAAAAGAAUUCAGAUCAUGAAAAUACAGAAAAUGAAAUUCAAAUAAAUAUAGAAAAUUUAACUAAACGCAUAGAUACCUUAAAUGAAGUUAGAGACCAAAUAACUAACUUAGAAAAUUAA